AGCCGAACUCCUUUAUGUUAGGAGUUUGCCGCACAGCUUCCCUUCCGCCUUAGGCGUUCUUACCUGCCCUUCCUCCCCUCGAACUUAGCCCUUUUACCUAGCAGUUAAGGACCUACGAGCUUAUUCUAUACAAAUUGAUACCGUCGCGCUCAUGCUGGUACUGACAUAGUACUAACGGAAAAAGCCGGGACCCAGGGGCGCCAUGAGCCAGCGCCCGAAGAGAGACCGCGCCCAGCGCCAGUAUUAUGACGAAAAUUCGGAGAACCUGGACCCCUAUGACGAGCUGGGUGAAGACGAUGGAGACGGCCGACUAGGCCGUUCCCAGCCCGCCCGCGGUCACACCGCUGGUCCAAGCCAGGGCCCCGCAGCAUCAAACAAACGACCACGCCGCGCUGUUCAGGUUAAAAGGGAGCCAGGUAGAGAGGAAACCGACGAAGACGAUGACCACCAAGACGCCAUGGAUGAGGAAAAUGACGACGAUUUCAUCGGGGAUUCUGACGAUGAGGACGAUGGUGCAAGGCACCGUGGGAAAAGCGCUGCCAGGGGUGCUGCCAGCCGCGGCCGGGGCGGCCGCGGCGUCAACGCAGGCAGCAGUCGGCGAGGCCGGGGCCGCGGCCGGGGCGGUGGCGCAGCAGCAGCAGCCCCUGCAGCGGACGAGGGCAGCAGCGAUAGCGAGGUGAUUGUCAUCUCAGACAGCGAUGACAGUGCUGGAGCCCAGGCCCCCAACACCCAGGCACCCAACUCCCAAGUCCCCAACUCCCAGGCUGCUCGUACCAGCAACGGUGGCGGCGCCGGUGGGCGCGGGCGGGGUGGAGGCAGCAGCGGCCGAGGUCGGGGCCGUGGCAGGGGCCGGGGUUUCGGAGGCGGCGCCGCCAGCCAGCCUCCGGAGCAAGAUGGUGAUUACGAGAACGCUGACGGAGGCGGCGAGGAGGGCGCGGGGAUGCCAGGGGGCAGCUUGGGUGGCGGAGGCGACGCUGCUGCUGCGGCGGCGGCGGAGCCGGUACGACGGCGGCGGUCGUACGUGCCACCACCGGUGCCGCUGACGGUUAAUGCGGAGGAGUUGGCGAGCAUGCGUAGGCUGAUCAAGCGCUACCGAGAUGAGUGGGAGGCGGCCAGGGAGCGGUGCGACGUAUGGGACAGCCUCUCGGAUGCGGACCAGGAGGAGAUGGCGCGGGUGGUGGUGCGCUACAUGCUGUUCGCCGCGCGCGCUCGGCCCCGCCAGCCGGUUGCUAGGGCCAAGCUGACGGAGGCCUUCAAGAAAGCGAUGGCAAAUAACAAGCACUAUCGCAAGCUUGGCCCCGUGUGGCUUCCCUGGGCCCGAUACAUGGCCAUCAGCAAGCUAGGGUACGACAUAGCCGAAGUAAACCGACCCAAACCCGGAGCCCUCGACCCGGCAGCCGCCGCCGCAGCAGCAGCAGCCGCAGGGGCGGCCGCCGGACCCUCCUCCGCAGCCGCCGCCGGUGCAUCCUCUGCAGCAGCGGCUGCGGCGGCCUCCGCAGCUGUGGCGGAGGGGUCGCAGUACUUUCUGUUGCGUACGGCACUGCCAACGGCAUUGCGGUUGGAGUUCGUUGGGUCGGAUACGGAGGGUGAAGGCGAGGGGCUGCUGGUGGUGGUGCUGGCGCUCAUACUGUCAAAUGGCGGCAAGAUGGAUGAAGACAUGCUGCGGCGGCUGCUGGUGCAGCUGGGCUGGGCUCCCGACUGCGGCGAGGCGCAUCCGCGGCUGGGCGGGCUGGAGGAGGCGCUCAAGCGCUGGCAGGAGCAGCGAUAUGUGCUGGCGGACAAGCGGGCAGCCGAUGGUUCCUCCGUGCUCACCUGGGGCGAGGCGGCGCACUCGGAGAUUGGCGUGCAGGGCGUCACACGCCUCAUGGACACGCUUUACGACGGCCUGGAACGGAAGACAGCAGCAUCAGCGGCUGAUGGCGACGGAGAGGCUGGGGAUGGGGACGCGGGGGCGGGGGCAGGGCCUAGCAGCGGGCGGUGAGAGAUGCGGCCCUCGCGGUAGAGGCAGGAGCCACCCACCAGCGCCGCUUCUGCUGUCGACGCCGUCGCUGCGCUGCCGUUGCUUUUACGGUACUGUCGACGCGUUGGGUUAGACGGGCGGAGGUGCCGGUGUGGUACGAGCACAAGUAGGAGACUGGGCGCGGUAGCUGACCCGUGCAUUCCAGAAGAGUCGCAACCAUGCGCGUGCAGGUGUGCAUUGGAGCCGGGUGAACCCUUUGGACAGAGGAAAUGGGAAGUGGGGAGGGAUUGAUACCGGUACGAGGUAGAUGCCAUCUGUUUCGGGGGUCCUUUUUGUUCAGGUGUGAGCGGAAAUAGCGUUGACCAGAGGAGCGUCAGUUGGGUGCUGAUUUUCAAGCAGGAUUACGGCGUUCGUACGGCCUUCGUGACGGCGAAGGAAUUGACUUAUUGGGCUAUAUAACGCCAACAUAAGCGCACAGGUGACGCACCCAAAAGGGUGCUUUGCAGAGACCGAUGCAUUGGUAUGUGAGCCUUUGGAUCUUGGAACCUUGUGUGUCUGGCUGUUGGAUCGACCCGCGGGAGACGGAGCAUAAGAUAGCG